GUUCAGGCGAUUGAAAGCCUUGAAUUGAAUUUCUUCAUCCCAACUAUCUGUACAUCACCGAUCUCUUCAAGCUGUACACGAUUCGAUUCGUCUCUUCGUGCCCCACCGAUUGAUAUCCAUAUAACCCUAAUCCAUUGCCUUCUUAUAUUUCACCAGAGACGGUUACUGCGGUUUUUAUUGCUUCUGCAACAAUGCCGAGAACCAGAUCAUAUACCUCUUCCGCCCAGCCGCCAGCAGAUGCCUUAGCAAUAGAGGAUUUGCCUGAUUAUUCUUACUCACAACCCUCUUUCGUUACACAUGAAUCAUCAGAUGAUGUUUUGUUUCAUUGCCCAUUCAAAAACUAUGACGAGUGUGGUGAUGGAGUUAAUGGUAGAGGUUACGUUAAGACUUCAAUCCUCAAGCACAUUCAGGACCGCCACUGGCCAUCUGCGGCUAGUAAGAUUUCCUGUAGGGAAAGGAGACGUACAGAUGUGGGGGUUUAUACGGUUUGGGAAAAAUUACUCAACCAAAUGCAGAUGUGGUUGUGUAGUUUCUGCAUGCGUGUUCAGUCAUGGAAGAGACCUUGCAGGCCUCACAAUGGCACCAUCUUGUUAGGACCUUUUAAUGGCAGGGGCGCCGAGUUCUUAAUAAUGGCAUUGAUAGGCAUGUUAUUAGAGACACCAUUGCAUCUGAUAAUGCGGUGGUUGCAGAGGAAAUUAUGGGUAUCUCUCUCGAGUUACUUGACAAGGCUUAUCAGAACCAAAUUACUACAGUUGCCAGUAUCCCACCGCAAUGCAGACUGAAUUUUUCAAGAGCCUUAAAAACAACUAAGGUAUCUUCCAAACCAGAUGAUUUAAAUGCUUGGAUACACUUGCUUUUGCUUCCCAUUUGCACUUUGAACAUGUACAUGCCCAAAAAUAAUAACGAGGAGAGGUCAGGGGUGAGGAAAAGAUUGCAAACCUCAGCUAUUAAUCAGGCGUUAGUGGAGUGGGAAGAGCCAAAUGGAUGUUAUAAAAUUAUUUGCAGAUUAUUGGAUCUUUGUCACCAAAUUAAAAAGAAUCAGCAACAACAGCGAAAGAAACCAAUUAAAACCAACGUACAUGCUUGUAAGAAGAAGCUUAGCUAGCGGACAUUAUACAUUAUACGGCCGCAAUACGUAUUCUCUCGUCUGAUGGUGUUGCUCCGUCCAACGCUGACACAUUCAAUGAAUUAUUCCAGAAACAUCCUCAAGCUCCACCCCCAGUUAUAUCAUCUGACACCAUUACGGCUGCUGCCACUUCUGUUGAUAGUCAAGCAGUUCUGAAGGCUGUGAAAGUCUUUCCUAAAGGCACAUCUUGUGGGCGUGAUGGCCUUCGUGCUCAGCAUCUCUUAGAUGCCUUAAGCGGUGUAGCUGCUGCUGUCGCCGAGGACCUGUUGAAUUCCAUCACCAAUGUUGGCAAUUUAUGGCUUGCAGGUCUGCGCUAAUCAGAGAGGUUAGGUCUAAAUGCCCAAGCAUCUCCCGCUGGGUCGAAUUCUGCUAUCCCAAGCCUGCGAGGUUGUACUAUAACGACUAUACUUUAACUUCUUCUCAGGGUGUUAAGCAGGGUGACACAAUGGAAGUCUCUAAGGCUCUGCAAAUGAUACGAACUGAUGGUCCUAGCAGUGGUUUGUGCUUAAAUAUUUACAAGACAGAUGUAUUCUGGACUACGAUGGACCCUAGGAGCAGUAUGGACGGCGUAUUUCCUAGAGGUAUUGGAAGGCCCUCAGAUGGUGUUAAACUACUCGGGAGACCUGUUAGUCUGAGUACCCAAUUCUGUAGUGACAUGGUCCUUGCAAGGGUUGAGCUUAUGGAAUGUAUAAAGAGGCUUCAGGACCCUCAGUGCGAACUCUUGCUGGUACGUAACUGUGCUGGGGUCUCUAAAUUAUACUUCACUAUGCGUACGACCAACCCUCAAGCUCUCCGGGCAGCCAAGUCACGUUUGGAUCAAUACCUGCAGCUAUUUUUGUGGUACCUGAUCACAGGCGAUGGGGCUGGAUAUGGGCUGCUUCAGCAUCGUAUUGCUACUUUACCCAUAAAGGAUGGGGGGCUUGGUGUUUAUAUAAUGGAAGAUACUACACAGUACUGUUAUGUAGCCUCAUAUUUUCGGACGCAACAUUUGCAGAGCACGAUCCUGGGCAACAAUACCAACUCUGAUGUCAGCCCCCACUACCAGCAUGCACUAGAAAACUACAUGAAUGUGUGUAAUUUAUCUCCUUCGACUUUUAGCAUCAACGACGCUGCCCCACAGCCUAUGCAUUUUCUGGCAGUUCGUUUCUUUGAGGCUAUUAAACGGGAGAUUCCUAACACAUUUCAUAUGUCUGAGCGAGAUUCUAUCCUAUGGCAGAGUAAUAGGUUGGCAAAUGCACAAGACUACCUUAAAGCUAUUCCAAUUGCUGGUCUUAAUCAUGCUAUUGGCCCUCGACAGUUCCGGUCUGUGCUCCAAUACCGUUACGGUAUACCAUUAUUUGAGGAGGACAGCACAUGUGCUUGCUGCAACAGGAUAAUGGAUAGUUUCGGGGACCAUGCUCUUCAUUGCGCAAGCGAUAUUGGGCUUAGUUUCAGGUAUAAUUUGGUGAGGGACUUCUGUGAAGAAAUGUGCUAUAAAGCUAACGUGGCUGCUAGAAAAGAGGCUGCUGUUGGUUUUUUAUCUAGCAAGGAUAAUGUUAUGCGACCUGUUGACAUCUUAAUUUAUAAUUGGGAGUGCGGGCGCGAUGUUUGUUUUGAUGUCACCGGUGUUUCUCCCUUUGCUGGCAGUGGGUACCGUAAUUUCACACUGGGUCACGCUAUUUCGGCUGCUAUCACUCGUAAGAGGAAUAAAUACGUGGAUAAAUGCUCGACUCAUGGAUAUGAUUUUAGUGUCUUAGCUUUCUCAUCGCUUGGGGAACUUGGAGAAAGACUAAAGAAAUGUAUGGAUGCACACGAUGCAAAUAAUAAUUUAGGCAGUUCUCUUUUUUAUAGAUUGGGUAUUAUUAUUCAGAAAGGUGUUGGGGCGCAACUUGUUGCUCGCCUCCCAACCCUCCCAACUAGCUCUGUGUAA